AGUUUUUGUUUGAACUUCGGAGUGAAUUGUGGAUGUUAAAUAUGAAAAUCUUUCUCAAUUUAUUAAUCACGUGGUUUACUUGUGAUUUCAUUUUAUGUCUUCAAAGAUUUGGGUACUCUCCAGCAGAACAACGUUUAUGGAAAAGAAAACAUAAACAUUGUUCGGGGCCAAAUCAAUCUCCAAUCUCGAUUAGUUCUCGACGUGCAGUUCCUGUGAAUAUUCCAGCAAUAGAAUUCAUUUAUUAUCAUAAUCUAAUGCCAACACCACUGAAAAUCCAUAAUACAGGACAUUCAGUAUCCUUGAUAACUCCAAACGAUGAAAAUUCUACAGAAAUUCCGUUUGUUUUUGGUGGAAAAUUACAAUCUGAGUAUGAGUAUGUUGGAUUACAUUUCCAUUGGGGUGAAAGGAAUAAUAAAGGAGCUGAACAUGUUAUAAAUGACAUUCGCUAUCCUUUAGAGAUGCACAUGAUCCACAAAAGUAAGAAAUACAGCACAGUCAGUGAAGCUUUAGAAUAUAAAGAUGGAUUAGCAGUGCUGGCGUUCUUCUAUCAAAUAAGAGAUGCUGAUGGAGAGGAAAUUGAAGGUAUUGUGAGACAUUUAAGAGAUGUUGGAGAAAUAAACGACCCGGUUUCACUUCCAUAUACAUUCACUCUUGGAUCGCUUAUCAGAGAUGUCAAUACACAAAGAUUUUAUACUUACCGGGGUUCUUUAACAACACCAAAAUGUAAUCCAGCAGUUACUUGGAUAGUUUUUCCUGACACAAUUCCCAUUUCACUCAAUCAAAUGGCAAGGUUUCGUUCGCUGUCUAAUGGAAUUGAAGGUUUGUUGUUGCUUGAUAAUUAUCGUCAUUUGCAACCAAUUGGGAAUCGAAAAAUCUUCCUUCGCUCUGUAAAAUCACGAUUUGCUAAGUUGGAAAAUCUAACGGCGUUAGAGUCAAGCAACAUUGAUGAUUCUAAUUUGGAUGAUACAGAUCCAUCAUUU